UGAGAUGGAGGCGGAGCCGCCAAAUCUGGCGCCGGUAAUGCUGUAUCCGCGCUGGAGCUACGACGAUAUCAGACUCAAGUACGCGGUGGCGAGGCUGAACAAAGAGAACCCUGACGCGGAACCGAUCGUGCUGGACAAGCUCACGGAGCAGGAGCGGGCUACGCUGGUGCAUGAUGAGAAGGUGAGGAUGAGAAAGAUCGAGCAGGAGAUCGCGAAACAGCAACUCGCGGAAUUCCUAGCGAAGGAAGACGAGAGGGCCCUGGCGCCGCCUCCGCCUGAGCCGGAGGAGGAGGAGGAUCUCGGCAAAGAACACUGGCAGGAGCGCUAUGACAGUAUCCGCAACUCCUUGGUAAAAACGAAACAGCACAGGCACAAAAACUUCUGUUUUGAUGGCACCACGCGUAUCCCUGCCAUGUGUUUCACGGACAACCCUAUGCCUGAUUACACCGGACACGGAACUACAGUGCAGUUCUUCAGUGUGAAGGUUGGGGGAGUAGAUGGGGGUUUAGCAUGGCCGCUGGAUGUGUUUGGUCUGAUUGCCGUGCAUGAUAAAUUGGAUUACAGUCGGAAUGUUAUCUUCAGCCGCACCAGGGAAAACCCCCAGACCCUUACUGAACAGGAUCCCUAUUUUACGUUGACAGGUCCAAGCCGUGCUGUUGUGUAUGAAAACCGUGUGUACUUCGAGACUGUGCUGAAAGUGAAGGGAGCUACUGAACCUGAGGACAAAGAUUUAAGCCUUCUACUUAAAUGCUUCGUCUGCUGCCAAAAGGUCAAUCUAUGUAAGAGUGAAGGACAGGGCAUAUUCGAUUCAUGUGUGAGCAGCCGCCUCUACACCAGCAUGCUCAGCACGCUGGAGCUCACUUGUGGCCUUGUCAUGCGCUCCGUGGAGGCCACUAUCACUCUGCAGAUUGUGAAGGGGUCAUGGCCAGAUGGUUCUCGAGGCCUCUUUACAGCCUACAUUGGUAGUCUGGGUCACAUGGAAAUCGUGCUACUCGAUUCUGGAAAAGAGAUGGUGCCUGUGGUGUCUGCCACCGACGGCAUGGUUAAGCUGUCUCGUCGUGUUAUUUCUGUCGAGAGGUUCGGGCAGCUGGUAGUCCAUGCCGUGGCAUGUCGAGGUGGCAAUAAGGACCAGGUUUUGGCAGAGAACAAGGUGUCAUUUGCACCUCUGGAUUCAGAUAGAAGCCGCGAUAAACUUGAUCUUGGUGUCUGUAAGUUUGACGUCACCGUCGCCUGGUCUCGUAUUCUGGAGGAACAUGCGGUUGGCCAUUUACCUCUAACCAAUGGAUCAGUAGACAGUUUCACCUGACACUGCCUGACAGUUUCUGUUACGGACGUAGUAGUCUCAAGAGUUGUUAUUGUUGCUUUCUUCUGUAAUGUUGUUUCUGCUGUCCACUGCUUAAUGAUUACACUCUCAUCACUAAAUGAUGAUCCCGAA